AUGAAGUUAGAACUGCUGUUGGCUACUCUAAUAAUUCAAAUAAAUUUAAUAAGUGCUGUGAAUGUUUUUGAUUUAACUUCAAGAUUUUUGUCACUCGGAAAUUACCGAUACAAUUAUGAGUCGCGAAAUCGUGAAAUUCUGAACAAUAAAUAUGAUUUUAUAGUAGUUGGAGCUGGAAGUGCUGGAUGUGCUUUAGCAGCAAGACUUUCCGAAAAUCCAGCAUGGAAUGUUCUUCUCAUUGAAGCUGGUGCCAAUGAAAAUUUACUCAUGGAUGUUCCCAUGGCAGUGCAUUUUUUGCAAGGGUAUGACAUAAAUUGGGGUUAUAAAACUGAACCGUCGAAAACAUCAUGCUUAGCUAUGAAUAAUAAUCAGUGUAAUUGGCCUCGUGGAAAAGUGAUGGGCGGAUCAUCUGUCUUAAAUUACAUGGUGUAUACUCGUGGACAUCCAAAAGACUUUGACAAUUGGUCAUCAUUGGGAAAUGAAGGUUGGGAUUUUCAAAAUGUUUCUCAUUAUUUUCGUAAGUUAGAAAAUAAUAUUGUGCCAAAUAUCACACCAAAUUAUCAUGGAAGAAACGGCCCUAAUACUGUGUCAAGCAUAAAUUUCAAAUCGCAAGCAGCAAGAGCAUUUGUGGCUGCAGGAAUAGAGAGUGGUUAUCCUUAUGUUGACUAUAACGGGCCAAGUCAGGUGGGAUAUUCAUUCUUACAAGCAUCUAUUGAGAAUGGAUUGCGUAAAAGUACAAAUGCAGCAUAUCUUCAUCCAAUCAAGUAUCGGAGGAACUUACACGUAAGAAAGAAUAGCAUUGUAACAAAACUAUUGAUGGAUGAUAACAAUAACGUUUAUGGAGUUGAGUUUUACACAAAUAAAAAGUAUUAUACAGUAAAUGCCACAAAAGAAGUUCUUCUAUCGGCUGGUGCGCUUAAUUCGCCACAAAUUAUGAUGCUUUCUGGCAUCGGGCCAUCAAAACAUUUAAAGUCUGUCGGAAUAACACCUAAAGUGAAUUUAGCUGUUGGAUAUAAUUUAAUUGAUCAUACAGCGCCGGGUGCAUUGACGUAUGUUGUGAAUUCAACAGCUUUAAAUGUCCAAAAUAUUUUAGACUUAAAUAUACUUGAUGAAUAUUUAAAUGAACUUGAUGGACCUAUGUCAUCAGCAGGCGGUGUAGAAAGCAUCGCGUUUUUAGAGACUGAAAAAUCAUACGAUAAAGAUGGAUAUCCAGAUUUAGAAUUUUUACAGUUAGGCGGUUCUGUUUCUGCGGAUCCAGUUUUUAAGCGUAAUUUUGGAAUUCGGGAUGAUGUUUACAACGAGAUGUUUGCAAGCCUAGAGAAUAGUGAAUCAUCUACUUUUAUGGUUUUCCCAAUGGUAAUGAGACCGAAGAGCAGAGGACGUAUAAAGUUACGAUCAAGCAAUCCUUUUGACGCUCCAGUUAUUAUGCCGAACUAUUUCAGUGAUCAAUAUGAUGUUGAUAUUUCAGUUCGAGGAAUUCGAAAAUUAAUUGACCUUUCCAAGACAAAUGCACUUCGUAAAAUAGAUGCAAAAUUCUUAUCAACACCAGUGCCUGGAUGUAAGCAUUUAACUUAUGAUACAGACGAAUAUUGGGAAUGCUAUACGCGGCACUUUACAUUUACAAUUUAUCAUCAUUGCGGAACAGCGAAAAUGGGCCCUCGAAGUGAUAGAAAAGCAGUUGUAGAUUCUAAACUCAAAGUCUAUGGAGUUAAAGGGCUUCGAGUUGUUGAUGCGAGUAUAAUGCCUGAUAUUGUUACAGGUCAUACAAAUGCACCCGUAAUUAUGAUAGCAGAAAAAGCUGCUGAUCUCAUUAAGAAUGAUUGGAAUUACAUUUAGAGCUUUUUUAACAUCUAAUUUCUGAUAAUUUCCUGUCAAUAUUCAUUUAAGUAGAUUUUAAUAAAUUCGGAGUAUUUAAGAAAUGUUUUAAAGAAAUUAUUUUGCGUGAUUCAUUGUGUAAGUAUACACGUUUUUAAGAUAAUCAAUAGUGUUCGCACUUCUGCAUUAUUUAAAA